AUGCGCUCAUACUUUGUAGUAAUUCUCGCUGUUGCUGUCCUGAUCAGCAGAGGCACUGCUGUCACAGUCGAUCCGCAGAAAUCUCAAAACCUCGUUCAAUCGAUCGAUGCUGCCGGCAUGGAGACGAGAAGCAGAAAGCUGCUGAGAGCACAAACAACGAACAAUCACGCCAGUGGCCCCGUUGACGAAGAGAGAGCCGUGGUCCCUGACGUGUUAAAAAAACUUGGUUCAGGCGUGUCAAAGUGGGCUGGCAACAAGACACUAUCGGCAAAGCUGAUGUGGUACGCAGCACAGGUGGACUUGGACAGGAGAGUGCAGAAACUCUUGAAACAAGGUUACGAUCCUAAUUCAGUAUACAAACGUCUCCAUCUCGACAGCCGGAGUGUCGGUGCGGACCCCCCCCCCCCCGAGUUCAAUCUGUGGUUUAAGUUUGCCGCAGCCUACAAGGAUAAAAACCCCAAUUGGGUGAGCAAGUUUGAUGGUGUUGUGUGA